AGUAAGUUGUGAACCAUUUGACUUUGGGUUGAUUUGGUAGAGGCAUUGUUAUUUUUGUUUUUAACCCAUUCAUGCAUUUUCGUGCAUUUUUAACCAUUUCAUGGACGGUUCGUAUUACUUGCAAACCGUCCUGAUAGCAUAUUCGGGUUAAAAAUGUAGAUGUUGGUGCAGGACUUUGUUUUUCACGGGGCGUGUGAAUACAUGAUAUUUCUUUCUCCAUGUAGCAUGCUUUCGGCAGUCGUUUUGUGCAUAUAACAAUGAAGCAAGACCGAUUAUAACGUAGAAAACUCAAUAACGCGAUCGACAUGAUAGAGUCCAAACUGAAAGCCAAGAAUUGCAACCGUGAGCAGCUGGUUCGACCUUGUUGGGUCCCGUCAUAACGGCCGGUAGCAGCAAAAAAUAAAGCAUUUAUCACAGUGACCUCAUCUUGGUCGAUGUCACAUGCAAAACGCGUGACCGUGAAUAUCGCGGUGAACGUGAAUCACGCGGUAAACGCGUGACCGUGAGUAUCAUAUCGAUGUCGCGAUAAGGAGAUUACGGACAGACAAAAACUGUGAAUUUUUUUCGGUACAAGUAUGCUUGAAGGAGACUACUUUUUCUUUUCAAAUCGCCCAUUCCCCCUGAAAAGUCAAAUGUUCACUCGCGAGGACACUUUGGGCUCGUCACGCAAUCUUUCCUCUUGACGUGGAACAUUCUUGUAGACGGGUAACCUGGUAACCACUUCAAAUUCAACAUGGCGGCCAAACCUCGGGUCCUUAUCACCGGAGCUUCUGGCCUCCUUGGACGGGCCAUUAUGAAGCAAUUCUCCAACUCUGAUAAGUGGAACGUGUUAGGACUGGCUCACUCUCGAGCCACAGAUGUUCUAAAGAAGGUCGAUCUGCUUGAUUUUGACGAAACAAAGCGUGUUGUGAAGCAUUUCAAACCACACAUUUUGAUUCACGCGGCAGCCGAAAGGAGACCAGACGUUGUCGAAAAUGACGAGGAAACUUCCAUGAAAAUGAAUGUUGGUGUGACAAAAACAUUAGCAUCAGCAAUCAACGAGCUUAACAGUGAUGCAGGGGCUCCGGAACACUUCAUGCUGUAUAUCAGCACUGAUUAUGUGUUCGAUGGCUCGAGUCCACCGUACAAACCGCUCGACGAAGCCAACCCUUUGAACAAGUAUGGCAAGAGUAAGCUGGCAGGAGAACAGGUUAUGCAGGCCUGUAAUUCCGAUGGGGGGAUCCUUCGGGUUCCAAUCCUUUACGGAAAAGUGGAGUAUCUUAAGGAGAGUGCUGUGACAGUGUUGUUUGAUGCCCUCAAGCAAACUGACAAGCCUGCCAAAAUGGAUGAUUAUCAAAUCCGUUUUCCCACUCUGGUGGAUGAUGUUGCUGCAGUCUGCAGUUUCAUUGCCAAUAAACGAAUCAACGAUUUUUCUGUGACUGGAAUAUGGCAUUGGAGCAGCACAGAAGCAAUGACAAAGUACUCCAUGGUUUGUCAGAUGGCUGAGAUGUUUGGGUUGCCUCACAGCCACUUGACUGCCAAUCCCAACCCUCCUACUGGAACACCUAGACCCCACAACACUGCUCUUGAGUGCUCAUCGCUUGAAUUGAUGAUGCCAGAUGGUGGCACAACUAUGCACACUCCCUUUAAGCAGGCAAUUAAACAGUGCCUUCAGCCUUUUGUGUAAACAUAUUUAUUAAGAAUGUAAGACUGAGUUAAUAACAACCAUCUAGAAAGUUAUGUAAGAAAAUAGUAUAUCAAAGUAAUUGUAAAUUAAUAGGUCACGAUUUAAAUCAAAGGGCUCUUGGAGCCAGCUCAUUCAUGUAAUGACUUAUGCGCAUUGUGUUCUUUGGUUAUGAAAUAUUGGUACAGUUGAACCCAGUUAAUUGGAACCCUUGAGGAAAAAACAGUUUGAAACAGCAGGAAUUAAGUUCAAAUAGAUAUUAUUAUUCUUGGGAAAAUAUUUAUAAUCCUCAUUGGGAUUGGAAAUCAGACAGUCCCCUCCAUGGGGGGAAUAGGCAUUAUCUGGGAUCACACAUUGUUGAUCCAUUCCCAUGAACACCAAAACCUCACAAAUCAUUUUGAACUAAUUGCCAUGGACACAAACUUUGGGAAGAUUAAAGGUGAGCCUUUGGCACUAGGAGCUCUGUGAUGAAUUGGGUAACCAGUGUGAGCUAUGAUAGCUACUGAAUCCAGAGACAAGUACACUAACCAUGAGGCCACUGCACCUCCCACAAUCCCAGUAAUGCUAGUGCCAAAAGCUGGCACUCAGUCUCCCCAAAGUUUCUGUCGAGGGCAAUAGGUUGCUAAAGAGUAGCAAAAUAUGAGAGUGUCCAAAAAUCUAAAAUAUGAUACUUGGUGAAAUAUUAAGGAUAUUUUCUUUAAUGACUAUUAUGCUGUUUUAACAUAACAGCAUUAAUUUGAUAAUUUUUUUAGCAUUAUUUACAUACACUGAUCAAUACCACUUUACAAAAAAUUCAUCGAAGACUAACUAAGACAAAUAUAUAUUGGUAAAGUUAUUUAUAAAUGGGAAAUAAAAAAGAAAUACACCAAAAAUACAUUAAAAUGCUGACCUAAACAAAAAUGUCUUAAGUUUGCUUUUAAAAAACACUUGAAGUGAUGUGACAACACACAGGUCAGCCAGGAGGCUGUUCCAUUGGGCCGGUGCAGCAAUAGUAAAAGACCUGCUGCCAAGUGUUGGGUGCAUUGUCUCCUGUGAAACUUCUAAUAGUAGGCUAUUAUUAGAGUGUAACAAGCAUGAGCUCUUUUGCUUGACUUUUAUGAAGUCACUAAGAUG